AUGGCGGCGGCUCGGAGUUAGCUGUUAGCUAGGCAUCAGUGACAGUUAUAGAAACCAUACAACCGGAUAACUUUGAUAUUUAUUUGACCAUAUUUUAUAUUUAACGUGAUGGCGAAGUUAAACUGUUUUAACCUGGAUGGAUUCAUGGCGGAAUUUGGCCAACUGGAACAGAAAAUUGCAGAGACCAGUAGUAAAAAAAGCCUGCUGGAGAUCAGGCUGGAGGACUCCAACAGACUGGUGAAGUUUUAUCAAAAUAAGGCAGAGAGCCUAAAAGAUGAGAAGGAGAGUCUCCUCUCCACUGUGAACCAGCUGCAGCAGACCCUGCAGGAGCAGUUCGACCUCAGAGCGGAAAAUGAGAGACUGAAGAAAGACAUAAUGAAUCUGAUAGAAGAGCGUGAAAGAACCACAAAGGCAGGAAAGGCUGAGACUGAGCAGCUGCUCAGUAAGAUGAGAGCAAACGAGGACAGACACCAGAGGGCGCUGGAGGCCAUCAAGUGUCAGCGUAACCGAGAGGUGGAAGAGGCGCACAGGGACGCUCUGAGGAAGAUGGAAACUAAAGACGCUGAGAUGAGGAGGCUGCUGGAGGAGAAAGAUCUGGACCUGGAAGAGAUGAAGAAGAGGCUGAAGGACCAGGAGAGGGAGAGGCACAGCGAGCUGCUCAAGCUACAGAUGGAGUUUGGUGCAAAGUUAGCUCGAGUUCAGAGUUCAUCUCAGAGGAGCCAGCAGCAGCUUAAUCGAGGCAACCUUCUUCCACAGAGUGUCUAUAAAAGGAAGCUGCAGUUUUUCCAGGAGGAGAAGAAUAAAGAGAUUUCAGCUCUACGUCAGAGAAUCAAGGAGCUGGAAGAGAGCCAACAUGCCGUCAGCAGCAACAGCCAUGUGAAGAGGAGAAGGUUUUAGGCUGAUGGGAAUACCUCCAGACAUGUUCAGGAAUGUUCAGAUUUCUCCUUUAGUUCUGUUAAAUAGUAAAAGUUUGAGUUGAUCCCGUGAGCUCCGGAGCUGCGUGAUCCUGGCGUUGGUCGCCUGUCUUACCCGCUCUGCUCGCAGGUGACCGCCUCCCUCUCUCAGGGAGCACAUUUCAACACACGCUACAUGGCCGUAUGAAGCUGUAAUCCCAUUAUAGUCCUGCAGAGAAGGACCAGGGAGGGAGCUGAAUGAAUCCAACAGCCGCAGCUAUAAUCCUCUUCAUGUUCCCAUUCAGAGAAAUAAACUCCUCCAUUCCAUAAGUUCAGCUUUAAUGUCUCUGAGUUUGAUGUUUAUAAAAUAGUACAUCCUAUCUGUCUGGAAACGAGAGCCCAACAACCCAACCUCUUACUGAGAAUCCUUCCUUGUUCUGGAGGAAUCUU